AUGGCUAGGCAUUUACCCUGCAACGGUAUAGGAUUAGAUAAAGUUAGGAACCAGUGCGCUUUUCGCAUCAGUUUCAGCGCGCUAUCGCUGCGAAGUGCGAAUGAGCAGCUUGGUGGAUGGUAUCACUACCAUUCGACGGGAAAUAAAGUUAAAAAACGUGGCGACGACCUUCUUAGGGUUAGCAGAGCAGAUGCGAAAUUAUCGUUGAAUUAUUCAUUGGUGACAUUUUCUAUCAAGAUAUUUUACAAGGAACACUUUCAUGAUGAAAAUUGGCAACUGUGUUCAAGUGCGGAAACUAGACCCAUUGUGACAUCAUUUGAUAACAAGGGGCACGGUUUUAUGACAUGUUUAUUGAAAGACAUGGAAUUGCUGCCAUUGUUUCUUCAUGGCCGGGAAUCGUUAGCCGGCCCUAAUGGUGUAAUGGUGGAUGAUAACACAGAUGGGACAUCUCAAUCGCAAAAUAGUGUCGUGUUGGCUGGUCAAGAAUGCUGGGGGUCGAAUCAUUUAAUGGAAUCGCACAUAUUUAAAAUAUCUAUAGGUGUUGCAGUAGUGGUUCGCGGUAAAGUACUCUAUGUCGGACAUGGCUGGAAAACCCUUCGUUCAAUAGAUUUAUUCGGGAAGCAUAUAAGCCUGGAGCUUUUCGGUGAUUUGUGCAAUGAAUAUGAUCAUGGCGAAAACAUAAUUUCCGAUGCAUGUGUAUUCUUCGACAUCAGUGUAAAAAAUGCUCAAUGGAUACCAUCUACUGAACCUUGCCAAGUGCCUCAAGAAAUCGUCGAUCAGGACGCUUUUGAACUAAACCAAGUCCAUACACAUCCUAAUUUGAAAUUGGGGAGAGACCAUGAUUUGGUUCGAUCAACGUUUGAUGGUAGUUACAAGAGGUCGAUCAUGGAUUUCAAUGUUACGCCUCAAAUCGAGGUAUUUUCCAUACCUUCAAAGGCAGCGGUAUCACGAACACAAUUCUGCACGUUAAGAAAAACAAUAACAAGAGAAAUAUCAACACCUUUAUCCGUAAGACGCGCUUCUGAUAGUGGGUCGUUAGAACUUCGGGGUAUAGUUUAUGUGGGGAGCAACCCGACAUAUCAGGUCUCUGUUUUGGACAUCAACAACCUUGCCAGUAGUAUGACCCAUGUAAAACCUGCCGAUGUUGGUAGCAAAUCUCAAACGCGCCAAUAUCCCAUAAUGUCCAAAGAAACAAAAAAGUAUUUGACUGGGGACCAGGGAGAACUAACUACGGAAAGAAAUGCGAUUAUUGAUGAGUCGCAGCCGUCAAUCUUGCACGGGCGUGACGCAACGGCAGAAACUGAUGCUGCGGAUAUCCAUGAAAAAAAUGAUGGAUUUCUUGCCAAUCUCAUACAAACAGUGUUUGGUCGUGAUAAACAAGCGGACUGCGAUGCCACGGAAAGCCUCAAUGCUGGGGAACCGUAUGGUUGCAUAAAUUCCCAAGCGGUUCCAGCAGAGGAGGCUGUGGAUACAGUGACAUAUGAUUCGGGGGAUCUGCUAUCGCAACCAAAUAAGUUAUAUGGGCUAGUAAACAUUAAUCACAUGAAACGUGAGGAAGGUGUUACAUCACAUUUUCAGGUAGUUGAGACACUUCUUGGCACAUUUUUUGGCAAUCUAGCCCAUCUGGUACAUAACUGCCAAUUAGACAUAUCUGUAAACCGCAUUUGGGUCAAGCCAAGUGAACUGGAUCUAUGCACGUUCUUAGUAUCCAUUCCCGAUGAUCGAAAUCAAGAUUUCCAAUACGUCAACGAAGUUAUGACACCAUUCUUCAACCAGUCGUUACAUUCCAUUGCUGAGAUUGCAAUUCUGUUGGAGGUCCGUGGCCGUAGAUGCGGAAAUUACGUCGACCGCCACCAGCUACACCGGAUGCUAGAGAAUCUGGAGCUAGGGUGUGGUAUGUCGGUAUACGAGAUAAACAUUGAAGACGACAUAGAAACGGUUACUCAGAUAAUUUAUGAAAGACAUCGUAAACAAUCAAUGCCUUUGAGGAAGACACAGUCUGAAACACUAAUUUAUGCAAACACGGAACUGUCUAAGGUGAUAGGCGGUUCAUCGCACAUGGCUGACAUCAGUUCCUCAAGCGCUAGGAAUUCGAUGUCGGUUGAGACGUGGAUACGCACAAUAAAAGACAUUUUGGUGGAGAAUGGGGAAAAGGGGCUGAUACAAAUAACCUCGCCUCGCACGUCGUUGCCCAUAGGCGCAGACCAAAAGUGGGUCGUCAUGAUGAAGCAGCUGCUAGACUCCGUCAGGGCCGAACAUCAGGAUGAAGCGUGUGCUGAAGGAAUCAAAUUCAUUUGGCCUUCUUUUUGA